AUGGGUUUCAUCGGAAAUGCCAUCUACUUUGCUUUCCAUCCCACUCAAUUGAGAUCGGUCAUUCAAUGGAAAGUCUGGCACAAUCCGCCUCAUGAGCGAAAUGAGAAGAAUGAGACCGAGACACAGAAGAUCUGCUUCAAGUUCUUAGACUUGACGAGCCGAAGUUUCAGUGCAGUCAUCAAGGAGCUGCAUCCUGAGCUUCUUUUCCCCGUCACGGUCUUCUAUCUUGUUCUCCGCGGCCUCGACACCAUUGAGGAUGACACUUCCAUUCCAUUGGAGACGAAGGAGCCUUUGCUGCGCAAUUUCAAGGAUGUCCUGAGUCAAGAUGGGUGGAACUUUACGGGCAAUCGCCCCGAAGAGAAAGAUCGGGAGCUGCUGGUUCAGUUCCAACACAUCAUUGCCGAAUUUAAAAACCUGAAGCCUGCCUAUCAAACCAUCAUCGCGGACAUCACGGAUAAGAUGGGUAACGGCAUGGCCGACUACUGUGUCAAGGCCGAAAAGGAAGAUGCCAGUGUGAAGACAGUUGAGGAGUUUGAUCUGUACUGUUGGUACGUCGCUGGGGUAGUCGGCGAGGGACUCACCCGUCUCUUUGUCGAGGCCAAGUUCGGCAACCCCGCUCUUCUGGAUCGUCCUGAGCUCCAGAAAUCCAUGGGUCUGUUCUUGCAAAAGACGAACAUCAUUCGUGACGUUCGAGAAGACUUUGACGAUGAACGGCGAUUCUGGCCGAAGGAAAUCUGGUCCAAGCAUGUCGACGACUUCGAAGACCUUUUCAAACCCGAAUGCAAGGAAGCCGCGCUGAAUUGUAACUCUGAGAUGAUACUCAACGCCCUUGAGCACGUCGAGGAGUGUCUAUUUUACCUGGCUGGCCUGAGGGAGCAAAGUGUCUUCAACUUCUGUGCCAUUCCCCAGUCUAUGGCGAUCGCUACUCUCGACCUUUGCUUCCGGAACUAUGACAUGUUCCAGCGGAACAUCAAGAUCACCAAGGGCGAUGCUUGCCAGCUUAUGGUCGAGUCAACUCAGAACCUUAACGUCCUUUGUGAGACAUUCCGUCGAGUGACUCGCUCCAUCCACAAGAAAAACACUCCCAAGGACCCUAAUUUCCUCAAGAUUAGCGUCGUUUGCGGCAAGAUCGAGAAAUUCAUCGAGACCAUCUUCCCUACUCAACGGGCAGAGGAUGCUCAGCGCCGUAUGAAGGGCGAGCUCAGCCACGAGCAGGUGGAGAAGCAAAAGGCGGAAGCCGAGAGCAAGUCGGACCUGUUCUUUUUGAUGGCAAUCAUGGCAGUCAUAGUCUUGAUCAUUGCCGGCGUCAUGUUUGUGACUGCUUGGUUCCUAGGCGCUCGCUUCGACCUUGCAUGGAAGGAGAUUCGGUCGGGCAAUUUCAGACCCUCUGCCGCAAUCACUCAUCAAGAUCUUUGA